UAAAAAUAUUUAGCUUUACUGUUUUUAACUUUUUUGUUUCUUGUUAUCCGCUUUCGACCUGUGUGAUUGCUUCAUGCGUUUUCCUGCUGUAAAAUGCAAGCACUGAUUGAACAAUGGGAGCUGUCUUGCUGUGGAAUCUGUUAUCCCUGAUCAUAAUUGAGUUUGUGUUAGUUAUUCGAAUCAAGGCUUUGUGAUGGGGGCUUGAUGGAAAAUAUUCAAAUUUGAUUUGUAAUGCAUUUUAACGUAGAGUGGUAAGACAUGGGGAGCAGUAAUAUAGUUGGUUGAAGCAACAGACCAAUGGGCCAGUCGUCUCCUGGAAAUUUUCAUUUGAUGCAGUUUGGUAUAAUAGGCACUGCAAUAGAUUUAUGAUCAUAGUUAGUGGUGCUUCUGGUCAGCUUAGGGUGUGAACUAUCUUUAUGCCCGACUUCUUUGAAGCCUCGGAUUUUAUAGCUGGAUCUCGGAAGGUGCCGCAUUGUAUUUUCUUAUUAGUCUCUAUUGUUGGACUGGUAAUCAUGGCAACUUUGUUCGUUCACGAGUUGACUUAUUAUCUCUCGACAAAUACCGUGCACCAGAUGUCAGUAGACUUAAAACGUGGAGAAACACUUCCGAUCCAUAUAAAUAUGACAUUCCCAUCUUUGCCAUGUGAUGUGCUUAGUGUAGAUGCAAUCGAUAUGUCAGGAAAGCAUGAAGUUGAUCUUGACACAAAUAUAUGGAAGCUUCGCUUGAAUCAUAAUGGCCAGAUUAUUGGCACAGAGUAUUUAAACGACCUUGUUGAGAAGGGACAUGUUAAUCACAGUCACGGUCAUGAUGACCACAAUGAUCACCAUGAGGAGUCUGACCAUAAAGUCAAACUCCACAAUCUUGAUGAAGAAGCUGAAGAUAUGAUUAAGAAGGUGAAGCAUGCAAUGGCUAAUGGGGAAGGUUGCCGGGUGUAUGGUGUUCUAGAUGUGCAACGAGUUGCUGGAAACUUCCAUAUCUCAGUCCAUGGAUUGAACAUUUUUGUCGCACAGAUGAUUUUUGAAGGUUCUUCUCAUGUCAAUGUGAGUCAUAUAAUUCAUGACUUGUCCUUUGGACCCAAAUAUCCUGGUAUAGAGAACCCACUUGAUGGCACAUCAAGAAUUUUACAUGGAUCAAGCGGAACAUUCAAGUAUUACAUCAAGAUUGUCCCAACUGAAUACAAGUAUAUUUCAAAGGAAGUUUUACCCACAAAUCAAUUCUCUGUCACCGAGUACUUUUCUCCAAUCCGUGAGCAUGAUAGAGCAUGGCCUGCCGUUUACUUCCUGUAUGACCUGUCACCAAUCACGGUGACAAUUAGGGAAGAACGUCGUAGCUUUCUCCACUUCAUUACGCGUCUUUGUGCAGUACUCGGUGGCACAUUUGCCUUAACAGGAAUGCUAGAUCGAUGGAUGUACAGGCUGGUUGAAGCCUUGACAAAACCGAAUUCUAGAAGUAUUGUACGAUGAUUUCGAGUUGACAAGUGUCUACUACAUCCGGGCAAAGACUUUCCUAAUGCAGCCGGUAUGCGUUUCAUCGAUCAGCACAGACAUCAAAAGCUCCUAAUUCUCUAAUUUACACACAAUGGUGUCUCAGCUGCCCCUUUUCCCUUGGUUUCUGAAAAUUUUGGUACCAUUGUUGUAUCCCUCCUGAAAAUAAUAAUAAUAUUUGCAACACAGUAUUUAAUUUUUAUUGUUAUAAAUAAGUGAUAUAUACAACAAAAUAUAAAUAUA